CCCACGUUUCAUUUCUUCAGUGCUGCCACAACUCUUGGUGUAAAAAACCCAGAAAUACACAAAAUCGAAAAUCAAAAAGCUUCUAGAAAAUCACAAUUAAGGCUUUCCGAAAAUAUUUCAGUUUGAAUUAUACCAUAAAUAGAUUAGAAGAGAGUGAGAGGUGUCUCAGAGAAAAUGAUUAUACCAGUUCGUUGUUUCACUUGUGGGAAAGUUAUUGGAAAUAAAUGGGAGGCUUAUCUGGGGCUUUUACAAGCUGAAUAUACGGAAGGAGAUGCGUUGGAUGCUUUGGGGUUGAAGAGGUACUGUUGUCGAAGAAUGCUCCUGGGACACGUUGAUCUUAUUGAAAAGUUACUCAAUUAUGCCCCAUUAGAGAAAUAAGCUGUAGUGAUAAGUUUUUAAGUAAGUUUAAUUUUACGACAUGUAAAAAGGCCUUUUUAAAUACAUUUUGUGAUUCCAA